AUGCUUGUUGAAAAACCUCAACCCAAAAAACCAGCAGAAUUUCCUCAAGAUCCUCAAAACAACAAUGUCAGAUAUUGGUUAAUAAAAUCAGAACCAUUAUCAAGAAUAGAUCCCAAAACAGGCAAGGAUGUCAAAUUCCCUUUAAGUGAGCUACAGAAGCUCGAAUAUGAACAAUGGGAUGGUGUUAGAAAUCACGAAGCCAAAAACAAUAUGCUAAAUAUGUCGAAAGGAGAUAUACUUCUAUUCUACCAUUCAAAUGCCCCAGUACCCGGUAUUGUUGGAGAAGCUAAGGUCCACAAUGAAGCACAUCCAGAUUCGACACAAUUUAAUGCAAAAAGUAACUAUUAUGAUCCCAAAUCUACGAAAGAAUCUCCAAGAUGGUGGUGUGUUGACGUUUCGUUUGUUAGAAGAUUCAGAUCCAAGGUUUCUCUUGAGCAAUUGAGAUCAAAUGAGAAGUUGAAAGACAUGACUUUGGUUAAAAGAGGGAGAUUGAGCGUUACACCUGUCAGAAAAGAAGAGUACUACGAAGUUUUGAAGAUGGAGGAGUCAAAAGAGAUCAAUGAUGAUAUUGACUGUGUGAUAGAUCAAAAAUAUAUCAAAAGAAUAGAGUAA